AUGGUUGACUUUUCGUCGUCCGUCAUCGGCCACGGCAUCACGGUCCAGACGAUAGAGAAUGUCAAUGGGUCAAAGCAGAAGUCGUUCAAUGAGCACAACGACACGUUCAAAGAGUACAGCAAGGGAUCGAAAGGCCAGACCACAAUUGAGCCGGACAUAUUCUUCAGGGAGUUCGAGUUGAGGCCAGGGACCGUCAUGCAAAUGCUCAACAUUGUCGACAAGAUUCCCCGGAGGUCGUUUUUGCCCCGGGUCAAUCCGUCGAAAUUACUAUUCUCGACCCAGCGGUUGCGGGAAGUGAAAGAGCUGUUUGCCAUACAGGAAGGCUCGGCCACGGAGCACGUGAUCCUCAACACACUGUGCGAGUGCAAGAGGCCACCGAGCCGGGGUGAGACGAAGUAG